AUGGAUCGGAGCACCGGCGGUGCCCUCGACGACCGCACCUUCGAGGACUACGACCCCGCCGUCGAGUGGAGCCACGCCGCCGACGCCGACACCUUCACGGUCUCACUCCCAGGGUUCAAUAAGGAGGAGCUCCGGGUGCUGGUGGAUAAUCACGGCUACCUGCAGGUGCGCGGCCAGAGGCCGGCUGCAGUGGGAGGCAGCGACUGGAUCCGCUUCCAGAAGCGCUUGAAGCUCCCGGACAACUGCAACAUCGAUGGCAUCCGUUCCAAGUUCGCGAACGAGACCCUCACCGUCACGCUCCCGAAGAUGACUCAUCCCUCGCCUCCGGAUGGCUAUGCCCCUGAGCCAGCGCCGACGAUGCAGGAGGAGAACGAGGACGAGGACGACGACGGCUACGUGGUGUGGCGCAAGUUGAGUGAAAGGAAUUGA